AUGGAUGUACUCCCAGAUCUGCGCGGUUCGAAGUGGACUCGCACCAGAUGGGGUCGUGAACCUCGAUGGGCCAAGGUUAAGUUUCUAGCAAAAGGAGCGUUCAACAGACUUUACAUUGUCGCCUCUGACGAUAAGGAAGUUGUUGUCAGGGUCACUUUGCCCAUUUAUCCAAAAUGGAAAACUCUCGGUGAGGUCGCAAUCCCGCAAUGGGUUGCCCAGAAUAGCAGUCUUCCAGUACCUCAAGUUUUGGCAUACAAUAUUGACCGCUCAAAUUCUGUUGGUUUUGAGUGGAUAAUGAUGGACAAAGUUCCAGGCAAGCCAUCGGCCGAUAUUUGGCACGAACUUUCGUUCAGUGACAAGGAAAAGAUUGUACGCCAACUUGCCGAUCUAUGCUCAGAUACUUUCCAAAGACAACUGACCGGCAUCGGUAGCUUGUUUCCUGAUUCGGAUGUCAUCGACUUCCCUCUCAACAACCAGGACUCUCAUACUUUCAAAGUCCAGGGACUAGUCUACACAUCUUUUAUCACCCGUGACCCUCGUUCCAAUAUAAGCCGUGGUCCGUUUUCAACUAGCAAAGAAUGGUUAUCUGUGCGAUUAGAUAUCGCAGAGAUUGAUUGUCGCCAGCGUUUGGCCCAAAUAUCUCAUCAAGAUUGCCAAAGUGACAACUUUGAGAACCUGGCGGCUGAUAAAGCCUACAACGGAGAUGACGAGGAUGAAGAAGAAGACCCCGAAGAUCUAGAGAAUGCCCUCAUAAUCAUCGCGAAACUUCAAGACCAGCUCGACAACUUCUUCCCCAGCGCACAACUAGAACCCGAGCCGACAAUGAUCUUCCACGAUGACCUAAACCAACACAACAUUCUCAUCGACGAAAACCGGUUCCCUCAGUGCUGUCGUUGA